CCCCGUAGUCAUAGAAGUCAUGGAGGAGCCGACGGGCUCUCCAGCAGCCAAUGCCGACAACAACAGCCAGAGAAAUGGAGAUGAGAAGCCCCGACGUGGCAGCUGGACCAAGGGGAGGAAGAGGAAGAAGCCGAUGAAGGACAGCAAUGCGCCCAAGGCCCCCCUCACAGGCUACGUUCGCUUCAUGAACGACCGGCGGGAGCAGCUACGGGCGGAGCGUCCAGACGUGCCCUUCCCAGAGAUCACCAGGAUGCUGGGCAACGAGUGGAGCAAGCUGCCCCCCGAGGACAAGCAGCGAUACCUGGACGAGGCGGAGCGAGAUAAGGAGCGCUACAUGCGGGAGCUGGAGAAGUACCAGAAGACCGAAGCCUACAAACACUUCACCAGGAAGUUGCAGGAGAAGCAGAAGGGCAAUCGGCACAGGGGAGAUGUUGGGCACCAGGUAGCCAACGAGGCUCUUCACGAGAAGGAUGCGGAAGGGAAGGACAGGACCGUGUUUGACAUACCGAUCUUCACAGAGGAGUUCCUCAACCACAGCAAAGCGCGCGAAGCGGAGAUGCGGCAGCUGCGCAAGACCAACAUGGAGUACGAGGAGCGCAACGCGGCGCUGCAGAAGCACGUGGAGAGCAUGCGCGGGGCGGUGGAGAGGCUGGAGGGCGACGUGAUGCAAGAGAGGGGACGCAACGGGCUCCUCCACCAGCACCUGGAGACGCUGCGCCAGGCGCUCACCUCCAGCUUCUCCGCCGUGCCUCUGCCAGCUAGCGGAGAGACGCCCACUCUGGACAGCAUCGACUCCUACAUGAAGAAGCUCCACAGCAUCAUCGUCAGCAGCCCGCAAGACAACGAGCAUCUCAUCAACACUGUGAGGGACGUGGUCAACCGUUUGGACAGAUAAUUGGACCAAGUCCCACCGAUGUGAUGGAUUGAGAUUCCCGGCGACGUUCGGUAGAGGCGGCUCCUCGGCGGUGAAUCUUCCUGUUGGUCUGUCAUCCCGAUUGAUUUUAAAGCAUCUUUUAUUACUCUGCUAAGGUGAUGUAGCGUCUAACAUUUAUUUAUUAUUGUUUUACAUUCUGUUCACACUUUAAUAUAGCUGUAGUUUGUUUUGUAAGAUGCUCAAAUGGUAGGACAUGAAGCUUGUUUAAUGUCACUCGUUGCUCCUGUUCUGUUUCACUGUCCAUUUAUAGCAACAUGCUUCCACCACAGCGUCUAUCAAAGAUGUUCUGAUUAAAGAAAAAUGUGUCCGUGGGUUUUUAUUCACCAUAUCCAAGAAUACUGUUGAGCAGACUUUGCUUUUUCAUACUCUGUUGAAGAAAAACAUGUGCCAUUUCUUCUUCUUUUUGUCCUGUGUGAGAAAGUGUUUGUGUUUUCAAUAAACGUAUUUACAUUUGA